GAGCAGUAGUUGACAAUAUAGGUAGAGCUAGCUCGCAAGGCCGAUGUAUGAAAGAACAAAAGGAUAACAACUAUUCUGGAAUUUGAGCAAAAUGAAACCCGAUGACACAAAUAGUGUGAAAAGUGUAGGCUAAGCAAGUGAUAUGCUGUUGGGGAGAGCUGAAAUGACGAAGGAAAAAAAGUUUUGGGUGUCAGACUGAGCCACUGUAGCAAUGGAGGGACAGAAAGCCAAUGAUAGCACCUUUCCUAGUCUCGAUGACUUGGAUGACUUCCUCACCAAGCAUGAUUCCAAUUUUGUGUGGCUCCUUGUAGCCACCAUUCUGUCCUGUGGAUGGAUCAUAUAUUUAACCUAUUACAACUCUCGCAACAUUGGCCUCAUCUUAACCCUCAUCAUCAACAGACUGUAUAAGGAAGGAUACAUACACAUCGGGUCCUUUUCCUUCUCUGUUCUGUCAGGGAAGGUCAUGUUCAGGGAUGUGUACUUUAUUAAUGAAGACAUGUCUAUCAGGAUACAAGAUGGCUUCCUUAUUUUUCGCUGGUGGAAAAUGUAUAACCCCAAACAGAAACAACAUGAUCCCAAAGCAGAAACCAGGCUUUACGUGACGGUGAAUGGAUUUGAGUUUCACGUCUACAACCGCACAGACCUCUAUGCCAAGCUACAGGAGAUCUUUGGACUUGAACCCACCCUCAAACCUCCCCAAAAAGACGAGGAAAAGGGAAGGGAUGAGCGAGAAAAGACCUUGGACAGUAUCAACAUGAAAGCAGAGACUCCGGACCCGUCAUCUUCAUGGAGAUCCCUUAUACCGGUCAUAAAAGUCAACAUCAGCGCUGGUCGGCUUGCGUUUGGGAACCACCACCUCCCCCAGACGUUGUGCAUGAACUUUGAGGAUGCUUUCCUGACCUAUGCCACCAAGCCACCGUCCAGCCACCUCGACCAGUACAUGCACAUUGUCAAGGGCUCCCUGGAAAACGUCCGUGUCAUGCUGGUGCCAAGCCCGCGCUACCUGGGCAUGCAGAACGACGAACCACCAAGACUGAUGGGAGAAGGGUUUGUGGUCAUGCAGUCUAACGAUGUGGACAUUUACUAUUACCAGGAUGAACCAGGCCUUGUCCCUGAGGAGCAGGAAAAUGGGGACACAGAGCCAUGUGGUGACGGCACCAAACUGCAGGACCUACCUCCAUGCUGGGGCCUGGAUAUCGUCUGUGGCAAAGGAACCGACUUCAACUACGGGCCCUGGGCAGAUAGACAAAGGGAUUGUCUGUGGAAGUUUUUCCUUCCAGCAGACUAUCAGACAAUGAAGGAAACAGAGGUUGCCCAGCCUGGCAAACCCAGACAAAUCUUGGCCUUCGAGCUACGCAUGAACAUUAUCGCAGACGCCACCAUUGACCUACUAUUCACCAAAAACAGGGAAACCAAUGCUAUCCACGUGAAUGUCGGCGCAGGAUCCUAUCUGGAAGUCAACAUCCCUAUGACUGUUGGAGAGGAUGGAUACUGUACCGCCAUCAAAGGGCAGCUCCUCCAUGUAGACACCACCAGUAGCAUGCAGUACAGGACCCUGCUGGAGGCUGAGAUGCUAGCUUUCCAUGUGAUAGCCAGUUUCCCACGAGUUUGGAACAUGCCUCAGUCGUGGCAGUGUGAAAUUGAGGUGUACAAAGCCACCUAUCACUUCAUCUAUGCCCAGAAGAACUUCUUUUCAGACCUGAUUCAAGACUGGGCCAGUGACAGUGCUCCAGACAUCUACUCCUUUGUACCCUACGCAUGGAAAUUUAAGAUCCUCUUCCAUCAGUUUGAGAUGAUCUGGGCAGCCAACCAACACAACUGGAUUGAUUGUUCCACCAAACAGCAGGAGAACGUAUAUCUGGCUGCCUGUGGUGAGACGCUGAACAUCGAUUUCACGUUGCCUUUCAAUGAGUUUGUCCCCACCACCUGCAAUACGAGGUUCUGUCUGAGGGCUGAGGACACAGACCUGCGUCUCUCCCUGCCAGACUGCCACCCCAGCAGGUACCCGCUGCUCACGUUAGCCAAAGAGUACCAGAACAGCAAGAUGCCACCUGACAUGUGCAUGCCCGGGGAGAGCCACGGAGCCCCCCCGCCUAAACUCAACAAGUCACGUUGGAGGAACAUAACCCACGCCGAAUCUGGAUGGAUCGACUGUUGGUCUGUUCCUAACUUCCUGCUCAUCAUUGAUUACACCUGGCAUCCCAUCUACCCCCAGAAGGCUGAUGAACAACUGAAACAGUCAAUAUCUGAGAUCGAGGAGUCCAUGUUGUCGGUUCUGCGCCCCCCGGAGCACGCGUCUUCCCCUCAGCCAGCCCCGUCUCCCUACACGGCUGCCUCGGCCCCCAACAGCAGAGUGCCCAUGGACCCUUCGGAGCUACCUCCAGACCGGCUCCACGUGGAGAUGGAGAUGUCCCCGGACUCCCAGCUCGUCCUGUACGGACCCCUGCUGAGGGCUCUCGUCUCCAUCAAGGAGAACUACUUUGGGGAGGAUGACAUGUACACCGACUUUGAGGAGGCGGUGUCUAGCCCUGUGGUCUCCCUCUCCACUUCCUCCGGCCUGGGCUGGUCACCGCUGGGCAUCGAGGACAGUGACAGGAGAGAGGCGGCUGCCAUCCACCCCCUGGCCCUGCGCCCCUGGGACAUCACCGUCCUCAUUAACCUCUAUAAAGUGCACGGGCGUCUGCCCAUGCACUGUGGCAGCGACGGUCCUGAAGGGCCCUCAGGCUUCCUUGAAAGGCUGUGUUUCGAGAUGAAGAAGGGCUACAAGGAGACCAUGCUUCAGCUGGUCCUGUCACCGGCACAUGUCUUCCUCAGCGACAACUACCAGCGGCCCACUGCGGACAGUGUCCUGAGGGACGGCCACCUGAGUCUGUCGGGCCUGCAGAUGCGAGCCCACGCCCUGUUCUCAGCCCAGGGUCUGCCUCUGGGCAGCGACACACUGGAGUACGCCUGGCUCAUCGACAUGCAAGCUGGGGCGCUGACGGGCAGGGUCACCGUACCACAGCUGGCCAGCGUGAUGGAGUGGGGUGAGACCUACGUCUUCCACGUGGUGUCCAGGGAGUUCCAGCUAGAACAACCCAAACCAUCGGUUAUCUGCCAACACGGGGUGGACCGCCGGGCGUGCGACUCAAAGAUGGCCUGUUUACCAGGCAACUGUCGGACGUCAGAGGAGCUCAAGUACACCAUGACGCGACUCGCUGUCGAUGGAGCAGACCUAUUUAUAGUAGAGUACGGCUGUGCAGCCAACAUCAAGACGGGCGCAAUCCGGCUCGCCAACUGCAACCUGCACAACCAGGCGGUCGGAGAGGGCAUCAGUGCAGUGGUGCAGGACGUCCACGUCUACCAGUACAUCGAACAGCAGCAGCCCCAGCAGCAGCCGCCGCCCCAGCAGCAGAUGGAUGGAGCCCGCCUUGGCCCUGGAGGUCAGGGGUCGGGGCCGGGUCAGCCCCCCGUGCUACGCCGCUCCUACUGGCUGGAGGCAGGCUCGGUCAACUUUGCCCUCAUCACGGCCGACGUGGCGCUGGCAGCCGACCACCCCGCCAAGCACGAGGUGCAGAGGAAGUUUCUGGAGCUCCACGACGCCCAAUGGAAAAGGCUAUGGUUCCUGUGGCCUGAUGAUGGUGCUGCUAAGAACAAGCGCAGCAGGAACAGGUGUGGCUGUCUGGGGGGUUGCAGGUUCUUUGGAGGCACCAAUGCUGGCCUGGACUUCUUCAGACUGGAGGAGAUGACCCCCUCCUCCAGCUCCGCCUUCUCAUCCUCCAGUACCGAUACUGACAUGUGCUACGGCCAAUCGCUGUUGCAGCCUGGCGAGUGGAUCAUCACCAAGGAGUUGCCCAAACUGGGGGAUGGUAAGGGGGGAGGGUUGAAGAAGGAAAACUGCUCUCCGGUUCUCCCUGGUCCCCCACCUGAGCUGCCGGAAAGGCGAGGUCAGCACUUAAGCUUGCAAGUGCCUCUGCGCACCCAGAGUUCAGCCUCUUCCUCCGAGGAAAAUAGUUCCUCCAGUGCAGUGCUGCCCCUGCUGGCUGGAGAGAGGGACAGCCCGUCCCCCAGCACUGAGGAAAUCAUGUUCCCUGUGAAUGGCAAGAGCACUGCAGACACCCUCGGAGAGGUUCCAGAAGGUUCCCCGAUAUCCCCCAACAGCACCCAGGAACGCUCCUCCCUCCGGUCCCCUCUCCGCUCUCCCCUCAAACGGCAGUCCUCCGUCCAGUCUGGAAGGCUGGGCAGCACCAAGAGCUUAUCCGCCGCUGUUUUCACCGACAAGCCGCCCCCUGCACUCGCUGGCGGCGUCCAGUUUAGCAGCGAGGUCUCGCGUAGCGAUGAGAAUGUCCUGGACUCGCCGCGCCAGCGCCGAAGCUAUGGCUCUUUCCCGUUCACGCCAUCGGCAGACUCCAACACCUUCCACCAGUACCGCUCGGCUGACUCCAGUAUGUCCGUGGCGGACAGCGAGGCCUACUUCUCCGCCGCGGAGGACUUUGAGCCAAUCAGCAGUGCCGAUGAAGGUCCGGGGACUUACCCAGGCCGUAAGAAGAAGAGGAGACAGCAAAUGCAACAGCCCCAGCAGCAGCCCUAUCACAUGGAGAACUACAGCCGCAGCUCCAUCUACCACAGCGUGGAGGGACCCCUCACCUACGUGCUGAACGGCGAGCUCAUCACCGAGCCGCGGCCGCUGCCCAUGCCGCCCGCCCUCCCCCCGCUGCCCGCCCAGCCCAUCCCCAGGCACACCUCGCAGGCGUCCUUCGUGUCGGCGCUGGCCAUGGAGGAGGAGGGCUCCGUCGAGGCCGAGAAGACCGCCGAGCCGGGCCUCGUGACCCGACAGCCGCACGUCAUGGCCUGCUACCAGAGCUACAUGGCCCACUACCAGGUGUCCAAUUGGUCCGUCAAGCAGCCGACCAAUAAGAGGACGUCCAAGUCCUCUCUGCACCGCCCCCUAGACCUUGACACACCUACCAGCGAGGAGAGCUCCGCCUCUUUUGAUCAACUGUCCAUUCCUAGUUUUAAGGUAGUUAAACCAGGUCUGUCCGCUAGUUCUCUACUAGACAGAGGAGUUCAACUCAUGGGAGAUACAAACUGCCCCCCAUACACCCCCCUGGAUAAGAAGGCCAUGGAGCACACCGAUGACACCACCACGGAUGACUGGACAUCUGAGCAGCCACUUGCCCAGACAAGGACCACUGCUAUCGUGGAGGUGAAGGGCGCCAUCAACGUAGUGCUCACUCCUCUGGUGGCUGAAGCUCUGGACAGGUACAUUGAGUCCAUGGUCCACUAUGCCAGUAUCCGCCACCCUGCUUCCAUUUUGGAUGACCUGCACGGAAAGGUCCUGAAUGAAGCCUACCAGAUCAGCAAGUCGACUGUAACUGAGUCUAGCACAGCCAAGCAGGAGCACAAGCUGUCCAAGUCGGAGGGCACCACCCCGGGGUUAGGCAACACUCAACAAGGCCAAACUGACCUGUCCGUCAAGCCACCAGACAACGUGAAGAUCAAGGGACUCCAAGCCAAUGUGUCCAUCCCCAAGGUGAACCUGUGUCUCCUCCAGGCCUCUGUAGAAGAGGGAUCUCCCUCCAGCUCCAGUAAGAAUGUCACCCACGUCUCCCUGGUGGCUCUGUGCUUCGACAGGAUCGCCACCCAGUUCCGCAUGAACAGGGGCAUUGUAGAGGAGAAUCCCAACGCCGCAGAGCAGGGUCGCCCUUCCGUCAUGUUUGAGAAGUACGCCUCCGCCACCAAGAUGCAGCCGCAGUCCUCCGGCUCGCUGCGCUCCAACGCGGGAAUAGAGAAGGGCAAGGAGAUUGCUGCCCGGCUCAACAUCCACCGCAUCCACAGUCAGCUCCGGGGCUUGGACUCCACUGACAUAGGCACCUGUGCCAUCACCGCCAUCCCUUUUGAGAAGUCCAAGGUGCUGUUCAGCCUGGAGGAGAUGGAGGAGUUUGCUCUGGUGGACGAGACUGAGAUGCAGGCGUCAGCGGCAGAGCUGGCCCGCACAGCCUCUCUGGAGAAGUGGGGCUGGAUCAUGUUUGAGUGCGGCAUCGAGAACCUCACCGUCAAAGGCGGCCGCCAAUCUGGCGCCGUGCUCUACAGCGCGUUUGGCGUGAUGGGUCGCUCGGACGCGGGCGCCAACACCGGCAUGUCCAAGUCGAACGGCUCGUCGGGCUCGCAGACCGGGAGCGGCUACAGCACGGACGUGUCGGACGACAACCUGCAAAACGAUGCAGCCAGCCCCGCCUCGGACGCCAACGCAAACUCGGACUCGGAAGAUCAGGACGAAGGAGUGGAGUCUGAUGACCUGAAGAAGGACCUCCCCCUCAUGCCCCCUCCCCCUGAUUCCAGCAGUAUGAAACUGACCAUAAAGGAGAUCUGGUUCAGUUUUGCCGCCCCGACCAAUGUCCACUCUCCCUCCCAAUCCAUCUCCAGGCAACUAAACCUCCUGAGCACUGCUACCCCUGCUAUCGGAGCCUGGCUUGUCCCCAUUGACCAGCUCAAAUCUUCCCUACGCAAACUGGACAUGGAGGGAACCCUACGAGUGUGUGCAGUCAUGGGCUGCAUCAUGACAGAAGCACUGGAGAAAAAGAGUAUCCACGUUCCCAUCCGAAGUAAGUACAACAGGGUGACCAAGCGAGCACGCUACCUCCACGAGAAUCCGUCCUGCAUGCUGUGCAACAUCCUGUACCGCUACCUGCAGCAGGCCAACUACUCUGUCAUAGAAGAGGCCACGAUGAACGAUGGCCUGCCCGCCUUGGUGACCUUAAAGAAAGGUCUGGUGGCCCUGGCCAGGCAGUGGAUGAAGUUCAUCGUGGUGACCCAGGGCUUCAAGGCCAUUGGCCUGAUGAGGCCCAACCAGCUGCCCAAGCCCAAGGAGCCUCUGCCCAGCCUGCCAGACCUGGGACAGGGCCUGGACAACGGGGCCGCCCUGCAGAGCGACACCAGUGCAGACGGGGCCGAGUUCGAGUUUGAUGCGGCCACUGUAAGUGAACACACCAUGCUGCUGGAUGGAGCAUGCAGUAAACCACCGCCCACGGCCGACAAAUCUGGACCCGUCAGCGGUGUUGAGAUAAUGAGGAAGCUCUCCAAGUCUCACACGCACAAUGAAUCUGGACUCAAAAUUAAGGGCUCCCACCCCUACCAGUCUCUGAGCUACACUAGCGGGGACACAGCUGCCGACUCCCCAGCCCACGUCAGCCGAGGUGCCCUGCCGGCCAAGGACAGUCCCCGGAAGGAGAGCCUGCUCAGCUAUCUGACGGGCAGCUUUCCCAGCCUCCACAACCUGCUCGAAGGGACGCCGCAGAGAAACGAGCCCACCGCCAACGCCAAGAGCAACUCUCUCACACGCACAGGAAACAGUCUAGGUACUGAUAUGCUGACAGAACACCCCCUGUUGUCUGAACCGUCCUCCGUGAGUUUCUACAACUGGAUGUCCAAUGCCGUAGGCAAUCGGGGGGUGGGCGUUACCCAGGAGUCCCCUGUCAACAGGUCCCAGCACAACAGCUUGCACACAGGUGGCACCUGUAACCUGCCCACCAUCCCCUCUGCGUCGGACUUCAACACCGUGUUGUCCAGCGACCAGAACACGCUGGACGGCACCCACUCCCAGCACUCCCAGCACAGCACCAGCCAGGACGACCUGGCCGACGUGGAGGAGGGGAAUCAGUGUCCCGCAGCCGUCCAGCUGGCAGACGCACAGGUGGUGUUCAAGCCUCUUCUGAGUCACACAGGGAUCCAGGCCCAGGACACAACUCCCCUCAGCUACAAGAUGUACUUUGGAGAGCACCUCUCCUUCUCCGGCACUCUGGAGUGUCUCCGGGCAGACAUCGUUGACUCAGACACAUCCAAGGAGCGAAAAAACAAGCGCUUGAAAAGGAAAGGCAUGGUAAACCUCCCUCCGUUGGAGUUCAAGCCCGCCCUGCUCAUCGAGACGUUCAGCCUGAACGCCGUCGUCAUGGAGAACUCCACCAGCGCCCCGCCGGGCUCCGCGGCCGCCGCGCCCCUCUCCUUCCACGACCUCAACCGCCGCCAUUACAACACGUUCCACUGCGACUUCACCAUGGCGUGCCAGGCCAUCAGCCAGCGCGUGGACAUGGCCCUGGUGCGCCUCAUCCACCAGUUCAGCACCAUGAUCGACGACAUCAAGGCCACGCAGACCGACAUCAAGCUCAGCCGCUACACCGCCGGCUCGGCCUCGCCCACGCCCACCUUCAAGGCGCGCCCUUAUCGGCACUUCAGGUCGUCGGACUUCAGCCGGAGUUCCAGGGGGAGCCUGAACGGGGCGGGGCGGAGCGGGGCUACCCAGAAGAGCAAGAGGGGGAUGGGGGGCGGGGAAGGAGGCAGAGGGGCGGGCGGAGGUUUGCCAUCGAACGGCCCCCCGUCGGGGGCGGACACACUAGGGAGGAGGGAGCCGAGAGGAAGGACCUCUCUGGGACGCUCGGAGCGACGCACAUCCAAGGUCUCGAGGAAGGGCUCCCGGGAUGUCGCGGACCACAUGGCCAUCCAGAUGGACGACUCGGACUCCAUCACGGUGUCGGAACAGAGCGAGCCGUCGGCCGAGUGCUGGCAGAAUAUGUACAAGCUGCUCAAUUUCUACUCCCUCAUCUCCGAUCCCACCGGCAUCUUGGAGAAGAGUUCCCCUGAGAACUGCCUCUCAGAUCGCGGUCGCAGCCCGUCAGAGCCUCUGUGUCGCGUGAUCUAUGAGAACGAGCAGCAGGAUCCCACCACCCCCAACAAGCCCUCUGGGGCCGGGGGGCGUCGGCGCAGCCUGGUGAGCUCAGAGCCACAGCACGUGACCCUGAUCGUGUUUGGGAUCGGCAUGGUCAACCGCACCCACCUGGAAGCCGACAUCGGGGGCCUCACCAUGGAGGCGGAGCUGAAGAAGAUCCACGGCAGUUUCACUCUCAAGGAGAAAAUGAAAGACAUUCUGCACCAGAAGAUGACAGAGACGUGUGCGUCGGCUCACAUCGGAGGCGUUAACAUCGUGUUGCUGGAGGGAAUCACACCUGACAUCCAACUGGAGGAUUUCCCUACAUCUCCUACCAGCACAGCCAAACAAGAAUUUCUAACCGUGGUUAAGUGCAACAUCGCUAAGUCGCAGGCCCUCUACAGUGCCCAGCGCGGCCUGAGGACCAACAACGCUGCCGUGUUCAACGUGGGAGCCGUCAUGAUCAACAUCCCCCAGCACCCGGCCACGCUGCACAGCAUGAUGGUCCGCAGCUCCCACCAGCUCUCCAAACAGAUCUCCGACCUCAUCCGCCAGCCAGCUAACAUUCCACCACCUACCAGAGAGGACACCCCCACCCCCCAGCCGUCAGACAAAAGCUCCAGCAUCAACCAGACCCCAGUGGAGGCCAACGAGUUCCCCCAGCUGCCCGAGGGCCUGGAGAAGAAACCCAUCGUGCUCAAGUUCAGCGCCAUGAUGGACGGCAUCACCAUCGGAGCCGCGCUGCUUCCCUCCCUCAAAGCCGAGUACAAGAUGGGUCGCAUGAAGAGUCACGGCAUGACAGGAGCCCAAACCCGGUUUACCUUUGAACUGCCCAACCACAAGCUGUGCUUCCAGUCCAAGGUGUCUCCUGUGGAUAUGUCCACCAUGCCCCCAUCAGCUAGCCUCAACCUUCCCCCAGUCACCAUGUCAGGAGAGUACAUCAUGGAGGAACAUGAGAGUCACUCGGACCAGGGCUGGGCCCAUGAUGACUUUCCCCCCAAGCAGGGCAACUACCUCCAGGGCAACUACCUUAGCUGCGAGGCCGAGGUUGGCUCAUUUGAGCACAACCUGACCACGGAUCUCCUAAACCACUUGGUGUUUCUACAGAAGGUCUUCAUGAAAGAGGUCAAUGAGGUCAUCCAGAAAGUCUCAGGUGGAGAGCAGCCCAUCCCUCUUUGGAAUGAGCAUGAUAUCUCAACUGAUGCUGAUAAGCCUAAGAUUCUUCUCUAUUCACUCAAUCUCAAGUUUAAGGGUGUUCAGAUGACGGCUACCACGCCAUCAAUGAGGGCAGUUCGCUUCGAGACAGGCCUUAUAGAGCUGGAACUGUCCAAUAGGAUCCAGUGCAAGGCCGGUGGCAGCAGCAGCUAUCUUAAGCUGUUUGGCAAAUGCCAAGUGGACUUGAAUCUGGCUUUGGGACAGAUUGUGAAACACCAGGUAUAUGAGGAGGCAGGUUCCGACUUCCAUCAGGUAGCUUACUUCCGCACUCGAAUUGGCUUGAGGAAUGCCUUUCAGGAGGAGAUCAGUGGCUCCUCAGACAAGGAGGCCGUCCUCAUCACACUUAACCGACCAAUCGUGUUUGCUCAACCCGUGGCCUUUGACAGAGCCGUGUUGUUCUGGCUGAACUACAAAGCAGCCUACGACAACUGGAAUGAGCAGCGUCUGGCCCUCAACAAAGACAUCCACAUGGCCACCAAGGAGGUGGUGGACAAGCUGCCGGGCAUCCAGCAGACUUCAGCCCAAGCCUUCAGCACCCUCUUCCUGCAGCUCACUGUCAAUGAUCUGGGCAUCUGCCUGCCUAUCACCAACACUUCACAGAAAGGACAUGUACCACUUAUCGAAGGCAUCCGCUGUGAAGCCGGGGCCAGCAGUUCUGUAGGCCAGAAAAAAUAUGCAAGAAAAGCCAACCACAGCAUUGACUUUGACACAGGCUCCGCCCUCGUGCUGACCAUCGAGAGCACGCUGAUCACUGCUUGCUCCUCAGAGUCGCUCGUCAGCAAGGGCCAUUUCAAGAACUUCUGCAUUCGCUUUGCGGAAGGCUUCGAGACAUCCUGGGACGACUGGAAACCUGAGCUCCGUGGAGACAUGGUCAUGAAUGCAUGUGUUGUCCCAGAUGGUACUUAUGAAGUAUGCUCCAGAACCACAGGCCAACCGUCUGCAGAAAGCAGCAGCGCUGGUACCUGGACGCUAAAUGUGCUCUGGAAAAUGUGUGGUAUUGACGUCCACAUGGACCCCAAUAUUGGCAAACGGCUAAAUGCCCUGGGCAACACUCUGACCUCCUUGACUGGCGAGGAGGAUGCGGAUGACAUCGCCGACCUCAACUCCAUCAACAUGGCCGACUUGUCGGACGAAGACGCGGCCGAUAGAAUGUCACCCACCAUGCACAUGAGUCCAGAGGGAGAAUUCAACCCACGUCUUACGUUAAGGAAGCGCCUGGUAAAUCACAUCCUAGGUCUGAGCCCUAGACCUCAGAGUGUCUCGAGCCCAGCAGACUACCUUAAUGUCACGUCAACCCUACCUCACCUCAGAAGACACAGGGGCGAGUCAGGGGCCCCCAGACCCCUCUCCUGGGGAUGUGAGCCCUUAGAUCCCAGAAGGCAGAUGUUGGUGGGCAACCAGGUUGUGGAUGCUCGAGGUCGGAAGUUCACGAAGAGGCUGGUGGACAUCCGAGAGCUGAACGAGCAAGCCAAAGUGAUCGAUGACCUCAAGAAACUGGGAGCUAGUGAGGGUACCAUCAACCAGGAGAUCCAGCGCUACCAGCAGCUGGAGUCAGUGGCUGUCAAUGACAUCAGAAGGGAUGUGCGCAAGAAACUACGACGCUCCAGCAUGAGGGCGGCGUCUUUAAAGGACAAGUGGGGCUUGGGCUACAAGCCCAGUUACAACCGCUCCAAGAGCAUCUCCACAGCUGCUGCAGGCAGGCCUCCGCUGAAACGCAUGGAGCGCCAAAGUUCCAGAAUAGGAGACGUGGAUGAUUUUCCCGACAUCAGAGUGGACGCGUCCUCCCCUGGUCCCAGAGUCACUUUCAACAUCCAGGACACGAUAAAUAAUCCGGCCUUGGAUCCCACAAACCCACCUGUCAGUCCAGGAGAGGUGUUCAAGUUUCCGGAGGAGACAGAGAUGGAUUUGUUGUCCAUCACUACUGACGAGCCACUCCAUCCUCAUCAUACUCACCAUCAUCACUUCCCAUCCGUUAGUGAGGGGCAGUACCCCGUGUUCAGUGCCCCCGCCAGCCCUGCUGUCUUCUCACCCGCCAUUCCCUUCCAGCACGAGGACAUGAGACGCGACGAGCUCUCGUCGUCGUCAUCGGACGACUCGGAAAAGGAGGAAGAGUUUGAUCGAGAGAAGCCAGCCAGCUACUUCCGAAGGCCCGUACAAGCGCCACACAGGAAAGCGACAGGCUUUGCGGCCGUCAGCCAGUUGUUCAGCGAGCGCUGGCCCGGGACCCCCACCAACCGCAGCUUAAUGGGUCCGCCCACAGAGAGGAACAUCGACUUUGAGUUGGACGUGCGUGUGGAGAUUGAUAGUGGCAAGUGUGUGCUGCACCCCACUACCCAGCAGCCCGAGCACGAAGACAUCACCUUUAAAAGGAGUUGUGACCGCAGCCUUAGGAGUCUGGAACAAGAGUCUCCACCUAAAAAGAAAAAGCUGCAGCCCAACAGCUCCACCACUCACCUUUUGGCAGGCAAAAAGGUGCCCUCCUCCCUGCAAACCAAAUCCAGUGACCAGGAAACCACUGUCUUUUACAUUCCUGGAGUAGACGUUAAGCUACACUACAACUCUAAAACACUCAAAACGGAGUCACCCAACGCCUCGCGAGGAUCUUCCCUGCCCCGCACCCUUUCCAAAGAAUCCAAGCUGUAUGGUAUGAAAGAUAGCUGCCCUCCCAAUGCUGCCCAAAGCAAGACUAACUCUCUCCUACCUCCCCCACCCCCACCUCUACCAUCAGCCAAAGGCAAGAGUAGCGGUGGGGUGAAGACAGCCAAGCUUUAUGCUUGGGUGGCUCUCCAGACCCUACCAGAGGAAAUGGUUAUCAGCCCCUGUCUGUUGGACUUUUUGGAAAAAGCUUUGGAAACCAUUCCCAUCACCCCUGUGGAUAGGAAUUAUACAGCUAUGAACAACCAGGAAGAGGACAUGGGUCAGUUUGACCCUGUGGAUCCACUAGAGGAGUCCACGACCUCCCUGGUGUCCUCCUCCACCUCUGCCUACUCCUCCUUCCCGGUGGAUGUUGUGGUCUAUGUCAGAGUACAGCCCUCUCAGAUUCGCUUCAGCUGCCUGCCCAUGUCCAGGGUGGAGUGUAUGCUGAAACUGCCUUCUCUAGACCUGGUUUUUUCCUCCAACCGAGGAGAACUCGAGACAACCUCAAGCUCUCACCCCGCCGACGGGCCUCACCCACCCUCCUCGACACCCCCUGGCCCCCCACACAUUCUCAAACCACCUCCAAACAAGGGGGCUUCUCCAUUGCUGGGCAGCCCCCUAGGAAGGAGCCGACACAGCAGCAGCCAAUCAGACCUCACCGGCCCCCCUACCAACUCGUCAGGUCUUAGCUUCACCGCCUGCAUGUCAGAUUUCUCCCUCUACGUCUUCCAUCCCUACGGUGCUGGGAAGCAGAAGUCUGCUGUUACGGGGCUGCCCCCAGGUCCGGGACCCCUAGGCACAGUUGAUGAAGAGCCUUCAUCUGUUACUGGGAGGAAGGACUCUCUGAGCAUCAACCUGGAGUUUGUCAAAGUCAGCCUGUCCAGAAUGAGACGCACUGGGGGGCCCACCUUCAUUGAAAGCUUCAUCCCUGGAAAAGGAGGCAAAAUGGACACCACCCUUAUCAACAUCUCUGCGGUGUGUGACAUUGGCUCCGCCUCCUUUAAGUACGACAUGAGGCGUUUGAGCGAGAUUCUGGCCUUCCCCAGAGCCUGGUACCGCAGAAGCAUUGCCCGGCGCCUGUUCUUGGGUGAUCAAACCAUCAACCUGGCAGCCUCAGGUCCAGCCACCCCAGAAUCUAUGGAGAACAUGACCCAGCACCUGUCCCCCGAAUCAAGCCGCAAAGCCUACUGGAGGACCUGGGAUGGCAGCACAGGAGGGCAGCACAUACCCCAGUCCCCGAACGUGUUUUCGGACCACACCACGGGGAGCUCUGGGGGUCUGGCACACCUCAAAUCCCCGGCCCCUGCACGCACACGAAGCGUGUCCGACUCCUCGGCCCCAAGAAGAGACUCUGUCACUAAGACCUCCACGCCAUCGUUCAAUAAAAAUGGCAAAACAGCCGGCCAGCAGGGGACACCGUGGGAAACGCUGGUGGUGUUCGCCAUCAACCUGAAACAGCUCAACGUCCAGAUGAAUAUGAGUAACGUCAUGGGCAACAACAAUUGGACAACGAGUGGACUGAAGAGCCAGGGCCGCCUUUCAGUGGGCAGUAACAGAGACAGAGAGAUUAGCAUGUCCGUGGGCCUUGGCCGCUCCAAACUCGACUCCAAAGGCGGCGUGGUGGGCGGCAACAUAGACGUGAACACUCUGGAGAUGGUCUCUCACAUUUCAGAGCACCCGAACCAGCAGCCCAGCCACAAGAUUCAGAUCACCAUGGGCUCAACAGAGGCCCGUGUGGACUACAUGGGCUCCAGCAUCCUAAUGGGUGUCUUUAGCAAUGCUGACCUGAAGCUUCAAGAUGAGUGGAAGGUUAAUCUCUCCACAGUGGAGACCAGCCUAUCAGAGAAAAGGUACAGUGGUGACACUGUGAAGGAUAGCCAAUCAGAAAAAAGUGAGAUCUUUGUCCAUGGGGACCUUCAGUGGGACAUCUUCCAGGUGAUCAUCUCACGCUCCACCACUCCGGACCUCAUCAAGAUCGGAAUGAAACUCCAGGAGUUCUUCACCCAGCAGUUUGACACCAGUAAGAGGGCUUUGUCCACAUGGGGGCCAGUCCCUUACCUGCCACCCAAGGCCCCCAUCAUCAACAUUGAGAAAGGAGCAGCUGAAUUAUACAUGGAUGCCGCCCACCACCGCCACUGGCCUGGGGUGUUGAAGGUCAUCGCCGGCUGCCACAUCUCCCUUUUCCAGAUGCCCCUCCCAGAGGACGCUGUGCAACUUGGUGGCUCAAUGAGUCUUCAUGGCAACCACAUGACCCUGGCCUGCUUCCAUGGACCUAACUUCCGCUCCAAGUCGUGGGCACUAUUCCACUUGGAGGAGCCCAAUAUUGCCUUCUGGACUGAGGCACAGAAGAUAUGGGAGGAUGGCUCCAAUGAUGACUCUACCUACAUUGUGCAAACACUGGAUUUCCAUCUCGGUCACAACACCAUGGUGACUAAACCCUGUGGCGCCCUGGAGAGCCCUAUGGCUACCAUCACCAAAAUCACUCGCCGCCGCCACGAGAACCCUCCGCAUGGAGUAGCUACAGUCAAAGAGUGGUUCAACUAUGUCACGGCUAUGAGAAAUGAAGAGCUGAACCUGCUCCGAAACGUGGAUGCCAACAAUCAGGAGAGCGGAGCAGCGGCCAAGAGCUCCAGCCUGCUCAGCAGCUUCAGAGGCUCCUCCAGCUACAACCACGAGACAGAGACCAUCUUCGCCCUCCCCAGGAUGCAACUGGACUUCAAGUCCAUUCACGGACAGGACCCAGAAGAGCCCUCGCUAACUGAUUCCAACAGCAAGCCCACGGUGGAGUGCAGUGUGGUAACUGAGUUCACCGACCACAUCUGUGUCACCAUGGAUGCUGAGCUGAUCAUGUUCCUCCACGACUUAGUAUCUGCAUACCUUAAAGAGAAAGAGAAAGCACUUUUUGCCCCGCGUAUCUUUGCGGCUCGGCCGGGACAGAAGAGCCCCACAGCCGUCCAUGGUGAAGAUUCAACUGACAAGGACAAUGAAGACGGCAUCAACUACACAACAGUGGACUGGAGAGAGUUCAAGUGCAACACAUGGCAUCUAGAGCCAACCCUCAGGCUAAUCUCCUGGACAGGAAGGAAGAUUGACCCCGUUGGUGUGGAUUACAUCUUACAAAAACUGGGCUUCCACCAUGCAAGGACUACAAUUCCAAAAUGGUUGCAGAGGGGAGUGAUGGACCCCUUGGACAAGGUCCUCUCUGUCCUUAUCAAGAAGCUUGGCACCGCGCUGCAGGAUGAGAAGGAAAAGAAAGGAAGAGACAAAGAGGAACAUUAAACUCAAGCAUACAAGUGUUUUAUAAAUGACCCCUUUAACACUUAAUAAUACCUGGAACCAUGGGAUCAAUUCUUCGUUACUGUACAUUACCCCUGUCAUACCGGUUUAUUGCAAAGCCGAGCUGAGUAUAGAUGUUUAUUGUGGUGCAUGCCACUAUGAGUUUUGACUGAAACAUUUUGCACCCUUGUUGCUUUGUGUAUUUUAAAGAAAAUGGCAAAUUAAGUUUCAUAUGGCUGCUCUUAUGUGAUAACCCCCUGCCGAAACCAACUUAGUUUCAUCUCAUACAUGCUGUACAUGUUAUCAGAACAAAGUAGCUGGAGUUGUGAAAUUACGUGUACAAUGAAUAGACAAAUUAUAAAUUUGCCGUGCACAAUUUUGCCAUUUUGUGUAAUAUUUUAGAUGCAUUUUAGAGGGAUGUAAUAGAAAAUGAUUUGCAUCAAACAUUUUGUGUGUCAGCUACUGAAUUGUAAAGAUGCAAUACAAUUUUAUUUUAUUUAUUUAUUGGUUUAAUCUUUAACCUGUUACCUGGGUGUUUCAGUAUUUUAUUUUUAAUAUGUGCAAUAGACCAGUGUAUAUAAAAUAACUGUGAAUUUCUUCAAUGUGAUUUUCUUAACCUAAUAAAAUCAUUGCCAUCCAAUUGUA